GUUCUGGGAACCCUGGCUAAGCAGCAGUUCUGGGAAGGCUGCUGCCCCGGGGAGAAGUGUGUCUCUGGCUCCCUACCAGCCCAGCUCAGCUGUCCCAGAGACCAGAGGAAGCUUCAGGCCAGGCUUAAGAUUGUGGAGCUGCAGGGGUCAGCAGCUUCCAAGGGAGGAGGUCACCCCCUCCCCCAGCUCCCGCUGUCCCAGGCUUCCUCUCUGCAUGCCUUCUUGUCACGGGACUGGCUGCAUCCUGUCUGCUGCUGAUUCAACCCCCCACCUCCUCUGAGUGGAGCUGGUUUGCAGCCAAGACAGGGAAGAGGAGCAGGAGGCCCAGACACCCCGCUGAGCUGACUUAGGAAGAGAGCCCUGCUUGCUGGUGACUUCUGUGUCGCUUGCUGGCUUCUGACAUUUCAAGACUCGCCACUCAUCCUCCCCCCUGAAUAAGAGCGCUGUAGGAGCUCCCAAUGGGGUGCCUGUGCCCUGGGCUCACGUUCUCCGUGAGCUGCCUGAUCCUGGUGUGGGCAGCAGGCUCUGAGGUCACCUGUGUCUCCCCAGGGGGUGUCAGGGUCCUGGAGGGGCCCAUCUGCCUAUCCGACUAUAUCAGCACCUCUACCUGUGAGUGGAGGAUGGCCAGGCCUGUCAACUGCAGCGCUGAGCUCCGCCUGUCCUAUCAGCUGUAUUUCUUCGACACUGAAAACCGCACGUGUGUCCCCGAGAACAGAGCAGGCUCAGUGUGCGUCUGCCAUAUGCUGAUGGAGAGCAUCGUCAUUGCGGACACCUACCAGCUGGACCUGUGGGCCGGGGAACAGCUGCUGUGGAACAGCUCCUUCAAGCCCAGCCAGCACGUGAAACCCCUGGCCCCCAAAAACCUCAUGGUUCACGCCAACAUCUCCCACACCUGGCUGCUGACGUGGAGCAACCCGUACCCUUCUGAGAACCACCUGUACUCGGAACUCACCUACCUGGUCAACGUCUCCAAUGAGAACGACCCCACGGAUCAGUUCAGAAUCUAUAACGUGACCUACCUGGGGCCCACCCUCCGAUUCCCAGCCAGCACCCUGAAGUCCGGAGCUGCUUACAGCGCACGCGUGAAGGCCUGGGCUCAGACAUACAACAGCACCUGGAGUGAGUGGAGCCCUAGCAUCAAGUGGCUGAACUACUAUGAGGAGCCCCUGGAGCAGCGCCUCCCGCUCGGUGUCAGCAUCUCCUGCGUUGUCAUCUUGAUCAUCUGCCUGUCCUGCUAUUUCGGCAUCAUCAGGAUUAAGAAAGAAUGGUGGGACCAAAUUCCCAACCCAGCCCACAGCCCCCUUGUGGCCAUUGUCAUCCAAGAUUCUCAGGUGUCACUGUGGGGUAAGCGGUCCCGUGGUCAGGAACCAGCCAAGUGCCCACGCUGGAAGACUUGUCUUACCAAGCUCCUGCCCUGUUUCCUGGAGCAUGGCGUGGACAGGGAUGAGGAUUCCUCUAAGGCUGCCAGAAAUGGGCCUUCCCAGGGUCCUGCAAAAGCAGCAUGGUGCCCCGUAGAGGUCAGCAAGACGAUCCUCUGGCCAGAGAGCAUCAGCGUGGUGCGGUGCGUGGAGCUGUUUGAGGCCCAGGUGGAGAAUGAGGAAGAGGAAGAGGAGGAAGACAAAGGGAGCUUCUGCCCAUCGCCCGAGAGCAGCGGGGGCAGCUUCCAGGAGGGCAGAGAGGGCAUCGCAGCCCGCCUGACAGAGAGCCUGUUCCUUGACCUUCUCGGGGAUGAGAGUGGGGCCUUUAGCCCCCAGGGCAUGGGACAGUCCUGCCUUCUCCCACCUUUGGAAAACGCCAGUGCCCCGAUGCCCUGGGCCGAUUUCCCAAGGGUGGGAUCCCCCGAGGCAUCGUCCCAGGGCAAGGAGCAGCCUUUGAACCCAGAGCCAAGUCCUCAGGCCACCCCGACUCAGAGCCUAGCCAGCCUGGCUUUCCCAGAGCUGUCUGCUGUCAUCGCCGACAACCCCGCCUACCGCAGCUUCAGUACCUUCCUGAGCCAGUCCUCAGAUCCCGGAGAGCUGGACUCGGACCCAGAGCUGGCGGAAGCCCUGGAGGAAGUGGAGCCCAGCCUCCCUGCUGCCCCCCAGCCCUCUGAGCCACCCCCUACACUCCAGCCUGAGCCAGAAACCUGGGAGCAGAUCCUGCGCCAGAGUGUCCUCCAGCGCAGGGCGGCCCCGGCCCCUGCCUCGGGCCCCAGCAGCAGCGGCUACCGGGAGUUUGUGCACGCAGUGGAGCAGGGCACUCAGGAUCGCAGGGCAGCAGGCUCCGGCCCUUGUGGAGAAGCUGGCUACAAAGCUUUCUCCAGCUUGCUUGCUGGCAGUGCCAGCUGCCCGGGGACAUCUGGGCUUGAACCCAGCAGUGGGGAGAGCGGCUACAAGCCCUUCCAGAGCCUCCCUCCUGGCUGCCCCGAGACCCCCGUCCCUACCCCCCUGUUCGCCUUUGGACUGGACAUGGAGCCCCCUCCCAGCCCUCAGAACCCACCCUUCCCAGGCAGCUCUGCAGAGUGCCCUGGCUUGGAGCCAGCGGUCAAAGGAGAAGAUGGCCAGAAGCCCCCGCUGGCCCUGGAGCAGGCCACCGAUCCCCUCAGGGAUGACCUGGGCAGCGGCAUUGUCUAUUCAGCCCUCACCUGCCACCUGUGCGGCCACCUGAAGCAGUGCCACGGCCAGGAGGACGGUGGCAAGGUCCACGUGGUGGCCAGCCCCUGCUGUAGCUGCUGUUGUGAAGACGGGUCCCCACCCAUGGUGACCCCCCUGAGGGCCCCAGACGCCCCAUCCAGUGGAGUCCCACUGGAGGCCAGCCUUUCUCCGGCCUCCCUGGCACUCUUGGGUGUCUCAAGGGAGGGUAAGAUCCCCCCGUGCUUGCAAACCACCCCCAGCAAUGCUCAGAGCUCCAGCCAGACCCCCACAGCAGUAGCGAUGCUCUUCCCAGGGCCUGCGUGCAUGGACACUUCCUAGGGGCGUGCCCUCUUCCUGCUGAAGUCUAUAGGUGAGGACUGCACCUUACCUCUGCCUGCAAAAUGCCUCCCCCCGGAAGGCAGCCAGGCUGGCAGAGUUCCGAAAGACUCGGAGAACCCCAGGACGGAGACGACCACCCCUGGGGCUGCCAGAGACUGAAUGCCCCUGGCUCCCAACACUGGCCUGGGCUCACCACAUCCCGUGGGCACAGAGGGCGCCAGGCAGCUAUGCCCACAUCCAGCACCUGCAGGGAUGGGGAGGUUCCUGGGCACCUUGACUUGUGAGCAAGCUCUUGGCCACGUCAUCAGUCCACAGCUGCUGUAGCAGACUGUCCAGUCUGGCUCUGCUGCCCAGUCCUGGGAUUAGCUGCCACCAUCUCGGUGGAUUGGAUGCGGAACCUAAAAGCAAACCAAAGCCAACGGGGGAAUGACUUGGGAGGCCUUGGGAAAUUAAGGUUCAGGACGGGUGGUCCUUUUCCCAGAGAUGCCCAUUCAUUUAGCAGAGCGUCAUAAGGUUGGCAACUGCAGGGAGGGGUCUGGGCUACCGAGAGGAUCUUAGUUAGGUGGGGUAUCGCAGCAGUGACUGUGCCCGCUGCCUACACACCUGUAAGACCGGGGGCUCCUGUUAAGCACUGGAUCUCCAGGAUAAGCAUCCUCGCUACCUUAGGGCGGGCAUGUGCUCCCCACGGAGCCAUGGCUGGCGUUGAUGGUUCAGAGGGAGUGGUUCAGGUCCCGUGGUCCAGCCAGCUGGGUAUCCCCAGUGCUGACACCAGGCACAUUGCUUCACAACAGCCCAGACCUCAGGCUGAACAACGCUUGUUUGUGUGUAUCUCAGAGAUUGUUUCAUCACCUGAUAUUUGUGUUUGCGGAGGAGAGUGGAAGGGAAAGCAUGGAGUUUUGUAUAAAUAAAGAUUCUUUAUCUCC